UGCAGGGCUGCCCAGAACCCUUGGAGCAUGGAGCUGCCCUUCCCCCCACCCAGACACUGUCAGAGUCUGUGACAGUGUGACAAUCGGACAAACUGAACAGAGGGUGCCCAUGUCAACCCAUAUUGCUGUGGAGAACAUUUUGUUUCACACCAGAACAUAAGGAGCUGCUCUGCUUUUCCAUUUCACCUGUAUAAUUGGAGGAAAGUCGACAAUGUCCUCUGCAAGAAAGCUUACUGAGAAGCGGCAUAACCCAGUGGAAAGCAUCUGUAGAAAAAUCAGAGCCAUUCAAAAGAGAGAAGAGAUUUCAAAUCCGAUUCGACAGAUUAUUAAAUACCAAUCCAGCAGUUUUGCUAAUCCACAGACUAAUGCCAGGAAAGAUUUUGAAGAGGUACUGAAGAAAAUGACUGCUGCUCACAUUCCUACACCCAGUACUCACUUCCCAAGUCCUGAGAAAAAUGAUGCCUUCGUUUCAUCUCCUCAAAGGCUGUCUCUAAGAACCCCAUCCAUCUCCCAUCUCAGCUCUCCUGAGAACGCAACAUACUCUGUUAUCCUCACAAGCUCUGAAAACAUCACAAGGCUGAGAUCACAGAGCUCCCAGAAUUAUAUACCGUUGGUAUCACAAAUCAAAAAGGAGGAGCCCUUCUCUAACAAGGAUUUAAAUAACUAUUGUAGUGAAAAUAAUUUUAGUAACUUAACAUUUGAGUUUGAUUCCACCUCUGAUCAAAGCUCUGAAAUUUUUACUCCUCAGGAUUCAGUGGUGAAAAAAUUAUCUCUGAAUGAAGACGAAUGGAAACUAGUAACGGAUGACUGCAAGAAAGAUGUAACCUACACAAUUAACAUGACUCGUGAAGAAGAGUUACUCACAAGUGUUUUUCAUGCAUGUGACACAAAAGGCACAGGCUCAGUAGGAAUUGCUACAAUAAUAGAUUACCUGAGACAAACAACUAGUCAAGAUUCUGAAGACGGUGGCCUUGAGGAGCUGUGGAACAUGCUUGAUCCUGAGAAGAGAGACUCACAUGUGGAUCUGGACACUUUCCAUGCCAUCAUGAAAGAAUGGAUGGCUUGCUGUAGAAACAAAUGGGAAGGAGUGAAUAGUGGAUCGGGUGGCAGCAUCAGUGAUUCUGUUUUUGAACAGGACAGCAUAAAAUCGGGUGGAGCAAUUAAGAUGACCACAGAUAUAACACAGUCUACAUCAGGGGACUUCGAGGCUUUGGGCGGAGAUGUGUCUAAAGGAGUCUUAGAGGUGUCUGAUUUGAUUACCUCUGUAGCAGACCUGCAUUUCAACAAGCAGAAAUUGGAGGAGGAAAAUGAUAAGUUUAAGUUGGCAUUGGAAACGUUGGAAGAUGCUAACAGCCAGUUAUCAGAGGAUUGUGCUGAACUGCGCCUUCAGAUAAAAAGUGCCCACCAGGCUAUUAUAAGAACAAAUCUGUUAAAAGAAGAACUGGAGGAACUAAAAACUAGUUUGACUGCUUCAGAAGAGCAGAAGACGACACUUGUAGCCCAGAACAAACAAUUUGAGACAGAAAACCGGGCUCUGAUUCUUAAGAUUCGGAUUCUCCAAGAAGAGGUGCAGUUACACACAUAUGAGAAAAUUUUGCUUAAUAAAGAUGAAAGUUUGCAGAAGAAGGAUUUAAGUAUAGAAGAACUUAAGUCAACCAUUACAGAAUACGGGAGCAUUAUAGAGGAUUUACGAGGUGAUAAAAACAAAUUGGCUCAUGAGUUACAGCACUUGCAACAGGAACUCAUCAUGAAUGGGAUCCAGUUGAAUGCUAGUGGAGAGCAUAAGAGUAUCAUCUCUCAAGGAGAAAAAUCUUUACAUUGUGAACUCAUUCUUGCUCAGUCUGCUGAGAACAAUGAAACUGAGUGGCAGUGCAGUUUAAUCAGCUUGUCAUCUCUGGACACGAUGAUGGACCAAGAAAUGGUGCUAUUACUGCGAGAACUUGAACAAAAGGAAGUGCAAUUCACAGCUAUGCUUCAGAAGCUGCAUGAAGAAGUUCCCAAAGUUGAAACCCUCAUUGAUAGCUCUCUGUGCUGGGUAACUAAUCCAGAAAUUACUGUGAAAGAAAAGUGGGAGAACAAGCUUACUGAAUUCAAAUAUAUCAUGAAAGAGAAGCUAAAUCUUUGUAUAUUAAUGCUGAGCAGCUUGGGAAACCAUAAAGAAUCUAUUGAUAAAUUGAUAGAGAUUUUGAAGAGAUUCAGGCUGGAAUAUUUUUACUUCAGAAAUGAAUACCUUUCCAGGCAGAAACAACUAGAAGCCAUUAAACAACUGAAAGAAGAUGCUGUCAACCAGGAAGUCAUCCUCAGGAAGAAGGUCCCAGCAGCCAGCCAACGGCUGGAGGCUGCAGAGAAGCAGGUGAGGCAGCAUUUGACUACUUAUAUUCAGGGGAAGUCUCCUCAGAUGUCCUUAAAACCAUGA